UUAGGCGGCGCCGCGCCGGUCGUUCGUCAGAAAACGAGGCGGGGUUGCAGGAAAAGCUCGCAUGAAAGAAAGAGAAAAGGAAACACAAGUGCUAAGUGAACUCGAGCAAAAGAGAAAGAAUCGAGGCGUUCAUUCGUGGGCAAAACUUUAUGUGGACAUACGGCGAAACUAGCGCCUCCGUAUACGCUUUUUUUUUCGUACCUAUCGGCUUACAAGAGAAACGGUUCUUCAACUUAAAUGUCAAAUCGUGACAACGUAUCUCCUCGAUCUUUUCAAUUAUCUCUCGGUUUUCUUUCUUCUUUCUUCUGUGCGUUCUCUCUGAUUUUACCUCGGUUCUUGUCAUUUAUAAAAUUACACAAAAUCCGAGCCCGUUACUGUCAGUUCUUUGUGGUGAUCUCACGGUGUAGUAAGAGUCAACGAAAUAAGGAGAAAACUUGUGCAUGCACCGAUACGAAUAAGUAUGAACAUCAUGCGUACUUUUCUUACAUGUGUACGUGUUACAUCGGUACGAGGUACGAUAGUGUCUCGUCGUAGGUCUCUUUCGAUCCUACUACUAUAGUGACUAAUUGAGCGUGCACAUACAGCAACUUUAUGGCCUGGACAAUGCAUCGACCAGGAUAACCACCGUUCGCAGAAACAGCAAAAGAUUCUUUGAUUUUUCGAGGAAUUAUUUAUCGGCGAUCUUCUUUUUUAUCCAUCUUAUGGCAAGAAAUUUCAUCGAAUGAGGCAACAGAUACAAAGAAUUGAUAAGGAAAAGCGAAAAAACGCACAACAGCAACAAGAACAACGAAAGAAAUCACCUUCGACUAAUAAAUGGUGCAAUGACUGUGAUUGGAAAGAUUGUACAAAAAGCAGAUCGAUUGAACGAUACAGAUGAUGCGAAAAUACAUCGAAUAACAUGUAACAUGUUAUGGCCGUUUUUACAUGCAAAAUUUAAAAAAUAGUUCGCCUUUUACAAGAAAGUUAUCUAACAGAGUAUAGAUUAAAUUAUAUAAAUAAUUAUAUAGAAACGAAUCGCUGCCUUUUCGUAACAGAGACCUCGCAAUGUUAAAAACUAGGCAAUCGGUAAAAAAAUAAUAACGAAUAAUAGAAAGGGUAUAAAAGGGAAAUAAAUAAUUAUGGAUGAAAUAAAAGUGGCAAAUUUGAGCCAAGCGGCAUCAGCCGCGUGUUCGAUGGCUACAAAUUUCUUGGCGCCAGUAAAAACCGAACGGCAGAUCUACGAGAAUUCAAUGCUCGAGGACGAUCCGAACGCUAACUCGGUGGUGUCUACUUCGCAAAAAGAUAGAACCGUGCCGAGAUGGGGUCCAACUCACAAGGGUGCUCAAGAACUUGCUAAUCUUUACAGCACCGGAAAAAGGACGCAAGAAUGCAUUUGUAUCGGCAUCUGUAUUACACUCAUGAUAGUUAAUUCAAUAUUCAUUCUCGUCAGGUUACGAUUUGAAAAUUUAAGUUCGAUAGCGAUAGCAGCGUUUUGCGGCAUCGUUACAGCGGAUUUCGGAUCUGGAUUAGUUCAUUGGGCCGCUGAUACAUGGGGCUCUGUAGAACUUCCUAUUCUUGGAAAGAACUUCUUGAGACCAUUUCGAGAGCAUCAUAUUGAUCCAACCAGCAUAACAAGACAUGAUUUUAUAGAAACUAACGGUGAUAAUUUCAUGGUCACAAUUCCAUUCCUUUGUAAACUAACAUGGGACUUUCUCACUCUACCAGAAUCAGAGAUACAGCAGAAAUUUCUUUGGACUUGUUAUUGGUUUUUACUUGCUAUUUUUGUAGCAAUGACUAAUCAGAUACAUAAAUGGUCACACACGUAUUUCGGACUACCUACAUGGGUUGUCUGGUUGCAGGAGCACAGAAUUAUAUUACCUAGGAAACAUCAUCGCGUGCAUCAUGUCGCACCGCAUGAAACUUACUUCUGUAUUACCACUGGAUGGUUGAAUUGGCCAUUAGAACAACUUCGAUUUUGGUACAUUUUAGAAGUUAUUAUUGAAAAAGCUAUUGGUUGUAAACCAAGAGCGGAUGAUUUGAAAUGGGCACAAAAACGGUCUUGAGAAUUAAUAUAUUUUAUGCUUUUAUGCAUUUUCAUGGAUAACAAUGAAAUUUAACGAACAGAAAAAUCCUUCCAUGAUUUCGUAAUCUCAUGGAAAAAGGGUAUAGAAGAAAAUUUGACAUAGAACAUGCUAACAGAAAAAUUAAAUCCGUAACAUAAUUUUUUUCUUAUACUUAGCACUAUGAGGCCUUUCCUACAAAAUAGAUAGCGUGAUUAAAGACAUUUAGUAUUAUACGAACAUGCUUUUGAAGUUUAUACAUUUAUAAUAUGUAUAUGCAAUAACAUAGAUAUGUAUAUAUAAAUUAUAUAAGAGUAAUGUGAAUAGAAAAUUAUGUUUGUGUAAUUAUGAAUUAAUGAUUGGCCUGUCAAAUUAAGCAAUUAUACGUUUUAUGCACCGCACAAUCAUUAUAUAAGUAGCACAAACUUAAGUAAAGAUUAUUUGAACGUUUUAUAUAAUAAUUCGUGAAGUAUUAUGAAGUUGAAAUUCUAAUACACCAGCACAAUGUGAAAAGGGGUAUUAUAUACCUGUAUAAUUUAUAAACACGAUGUCCAGUGGCUAUGAAAUUAAUAUGUACGUGUAUAUUUACCUACGUAUAUAUUUAUGAAUUAAUUUAAAUUUAUUGCUGCCACAUUUGUUAGCAAAUGAAUUUAAAGAAUGUUCUUUCGGUGAAAAGAUAUAAUUUAAUUAAUGCACUAAUUUAAACUAGCUCAAUCUGCUGUUUAAGUGCACUCGUCGAUUUCCCUGAACCUUUGAAAAUUUUUCAGCCACUGAAAUUGAAUGCAACGUACUGAUUUAUAAUAAUAACAUUUUAUCAGAAGCAAAUAUUGUCAAUUUAAGUGUUAUCUACGCGUAUACACCUGUAUUGUAAAUUCAAACAUUUUUCUCUUUUUUCACAAAAGAUAAAAAUAAAAAUUUAUAAAUUUGUAUGUUUUUAUAUGACUUAUAAAUAUUGAGUUUAUAAUCAUUAAAAUUGGCAAUUUGGCUUCAAUUUUAAUUUUAUGUAUAUAGUUGGAUUAUAUUGUCACAAUCUGAGCUAAGAUUUGUAUAAUAAUGUUUUAUACAAUAUAUAUAAUUAUAUUAUAGACAAAAUCAUGAAAAUUUUAUAUUAAAGAGGAAAUAACAUAAACAAAGUUUAUAUUGCUUAUAAAUUAAAACUUUGUUUAAUGUAAUAUUACACGCACACAUACACGUUUAUAAAAUUUUAUUCCAUCAAUUACAUUUCUUAGCUCAUGACAAAUAAUUUAACAAACAUAAAAGUUGUAAGGUGCUAAAUAUAAGUACAAGUUUUAGGUUCAGGGACCAAGAAAAAAGUUUAUUGCUCUCUGCAGCAGUUUUCUAAGUAAUUGGUUUGAUUUGGGUAAAGUAUACUGAUGUACAAAACAAUAAUACAAAGAGCUAAAUUUUAUAGAAAUUUUAUGCCGAUGAUUUUGACUUUUAUGUGUAAUUUUUUCUUUUUAUUGGCUUCUAUUUUAGAUGCCUCGUAAUUUUCAGUAUACUUUAUGCAGAGCUUUACCACAAUGUAUAUGUUCCUUGCAAGCAAAUCAUUAGUAAUGUCUUUUAAAAGAAACGAUUAUUAUAAGACAUUAUAACUACUAUAAAUACCAUAAUUGUUAUUGUUAUUGUUAUUGUUAUAAAAAAGAAGUAUAAACUUUUAACAAAUUUGUCAUAUAGUAAUGCGUGCCAGAACUGAAGCUUUCUCUUUAUACAAAUCUAUUUAACAGUUAACCAAUAAUUGCACAAAAGAAAUUGAAACAAAGAACUAUAUUUUUGCUAAUUUAAUUUUUGAUGCAAUAUACCAAAGUCACUAUCAUUGCAAAUUCAGAUUUCUUUUUUAAACAUGUAGCUUUUUAAAUACAAAUAUCAAAGAAAGAUAUGAAAAUAGAACUGUGCAUAGUGUCACCCCAAUAUAAACUAAAGUGAAAUCCAGAGCUAGAGGUUUCUUACUUUAUUUAGAGUGUUUCAAUAUAUUUAAUCAUGUUCUGCUGAAUGUUUAUUAAAAAUCGCCUCGGUCUAUAUACAAAACAACGAAAAAUAAGACUACUGACACAAAAUGUUACAUGUAAAGGCAGUACAUAUAAAUGUAUAAUAAUUACAUAAUUAUUUUCUUAAUUUAAUUAAUGAUGCAACACAAUAUCUUGAUUAAAAUAAAGUGUCUCAUUUUCACAUUCCAUAAGUCUAAUUAAGUGAAACUAUUUAUUAAGUAAUAUUUAAUGAAUUAUUAUAUAUUUAAAUAUUUAUUUACACGAUAUCUAAUAACAUUAAAGAAUUGAUUUUAAUUUAUCAACUAUUCAAAUAAUAUUUAUAUAGAUUUAUAUAAUCUCAAAUGAUAGUCAAUAUAAUAUCAGCCUUACAACAGAAAUGAAAAGAAUUUUAUUAAAAGAUAAUCUUAAGCUUUAAUAUUUUGAGGCUAUAUCUACUUGAAAAAUUAGUCUUCAUAGAAAAUAUAUAACAAUAAGGAAUUCGUGCAAUUAAGUUCAAAUGUAUUUUAAGAAAUAGUGUUAAUAAUUUUCACUUUUCAGCGGCACAUCUAGAUGUAAAUAUAUAUGUUUUUUAGCUUGAAUUUAUAAAAACAGAAGUAUAAACCCAGUAGUUUAAAUAAAAACACAAUUUGAUGGCUGUAAAUAUAUAUUGAAUUUGGUACAUAAAACAUAUUUAUAUCUAGUUUUAAUUGCAAGAUUGCAUACCUAUUUUCAUAUGAUUAUAAAUCAUACAUAUUUAAUGAAAUUAUAUUGUAUCAUUAUUAAGCAUCAACUAUCAUUCAGUUUUAUAAAUCAAAUGUAAUUUCAAUGAAUGUUAUGUAUAUGCUAAUUGACUUGAUUUGGUGUAGCAAGAAGAUGCAUUAGAAACAACAUUAUUUCAUUCAUUUUAAACUUCAUCCUCAACUAUAAAAAGCUUACAAGCCUUAUGUACUUAACAAUAGUUAAUACAAUUCUAAAUGAUGCCUCUGACAAUGUCAAAGAGAUAGUUGGAUAACUUUAUAAAAGUCUAAACUGAUAUUUUAUACUAAUGCAAAGAAAUAUUUAUGCUAUUUAAAUGAUAUUGCAAUUACAAAAUUUUGGUUCCUUAUGCAAGAAGCGAAACAUUAAAGGGGAUAGAAAAUAUUGUUACUGUUAUUCUUAGAAUAAAGAAUACAUUAUUAACAAACAUAUUACCUUGUGAUAAUGUAAAUUUUAUAUGUUUAUAAUUUAUAUAGCGAAAUUACAUUCGAAACUGAAACAUUUGUCAAUGUUUAAUAAUUUUUAAAAUAUCAAUGUACUGCAUGUACAAUGAAAUUUUAAGCUACAAAAGGAAGUAAACAAUGCUUAAUAAAUCGCAAGAUAUUUAUA